GCGAGCCGCCAAUUCAACUGUCUGGUUUUGAGAGAGAACUGGUGUAUCGUGUGAGCUGUUACAUUGAGAAACGAGAAUAAAAAUACCCAUAAACAGUUUUUAAACAUGUAACUGUGAAGUAAAUACACGUCCAGAAAGGAAUUUUAAGCGUGUUUAUGCUGUAAUGCGGCGCUGCAGGACUGAGAGUGACCCGGAGCCGUGGAUCGAGCAGCUGGUUCUAAACCGCGGUGAAGGGCAGAGAGCCACGAGCGUCCGAGCUCAUGUAGUCGGGGUGAGUGACUUGACCGAGUCUCAGUGCACGGAUGCGAGCGAUGCCUGCAUGCUGUUCUUGUCUGAUGGGACCGUGUUCAUCCCCGCGGUGCUCAGCGCCGCCGCCUGGGAGCACAUGCAGGAGUUGGAGGAGAGAGACACGUUUUCCGGUCUGGACAACACCACGGUGUCGGUGCGAAAGUUCCAGCUGAACUUCCACAUGGACCCGGAGCUGACCAGUUGUCAGUUUUAUCUGACCGUUAAUCAGAUCGUCACUGUGGGUCGGGUCACUCGGCAUCACCGCCCCCCGAGCUGCACAAUGCUGCCAUCAGUCAGGCAACAAAUCCUGAUGACAUGGCGGUCCCUGAUGAAGGAGAGUUCAGUCACGUCUAUGAGCUCACAGUCAGGAUUCCCACUUUCGUGUCUGAUGGGGGCGUGGCACAAUGACAUCAUCAUGGACCUCCUGAAUGAUGCAAUCCAGAAAAUAGCCGCACCCUCUGCAGGUCACCUGGGGACAGCUACGCCCACAAACUGGCAUCGAGAGAGACUUCGCUGCAGGGGUGAGGAGUGUUUCAGCACUCUUGUGUCUCAUCUCCUCAUCCCAGAGGAGCAGAGGGAGAUGUUGACAGCUGAUCCCGGUGUGUCGAGUUCGAGCGAAACUCCGAGCGGCCCGUUGCCUCCAUGUGUAGCCGAACCGACGACGUGGCCAUUAGUGGCGCAGGAUAGGGGCGGAGACUCGUCUGCCCCGGCUUCUGAUAGGCUGGAAGAGGGGCAUCAGCUCACCCUGAACAACACCAGAGCAGGUCUCUCAGAGGUUUGGUGUGGAGGAGGAGGAGGAGGAGGAGGAGGAGGAGGAGACUCAGAGAGCCCCUGGGAUUUAUUCUACCCUGCUGCUGACCUGCUCGCAGCUUCACCCUCUUCUACUUCUGCGUCCGGUCUGGAGCGGCUCUUACAGCCGGACGGUCGCUCUCGGCUCACCGAGGAGUCCGGGAUCAUCGGCCCACCCGUUCAGAGACCACACCCAUCUCAAAAUAGCCCCGCCCACCAGAGUGACCCGACGACCUUGGACCUGCGUCAGGAGCCGCAAAGACAGAGUCCCUUAACAUCACUCACACACACUGCAGCCGUGCGUGUAGAAGAACAAUCCCUAACAGACCACAUGUCACACACUCCACCCAGUAAAAAGAGCCGAGUCCAUUCAGACGGCAGCAGUUUCUCAUACACGUAUGAACCGUGUCCGGACGUCGCCUCGGCUCUCAGCCGCUGCGAGGUCCCUGAGCGGCUGGUGCAGUGGGCGGUGGCGUACCUGGGGACUCCUCGACACACUCCUGUUGUCCGCAGCGGAGCAGAGCGGAGGAAGCUGGCAGUGUUGGAGUGACCGCUCCUCAUGUGUCCUGUAGAUUUUGUAGAAAUAGUGUUGUGUUUUUAUAACAAACUUAUUAAAAUCCUUUUUAUCUCAUUUUUAUGCGCAUUAUUAAAAUACAAAUGCUUCAAUAAAUCUUCAGAA